UCAUAUUAACUCGAAUAGAGAACGCUGAUUUUAAUUAGCAUUAAGUAAGCGCAGGAAAUAAAAAGAUACAAAAAAAAAAAGAAAAAGAAAAAGAAAAAAAAGAUGAAAUCUCAUAGCAGAAGAAGAAAAGAAAGCAAGACAAAGAGCGGACUGUAUAUCAUUCAGUUAGGUCUCCUGUGUCGCUGGGUUGUGUUAAUCUCGCUAUGCUUUCAUUUUAUACGCUGAAGUGUGGGUUCUUUCUCGUGUUUCUGGUCCUAUGUGGAAUUCGAGAUAGAGUGGACAGUCAGAGUCAAUGUAAGGAAGACUGCCGAGCGCUUCGUCUGAACGGCGCCUGGGUUCCCUACGGCGACAGUCCGGCCUCCGUGUGGUGGUGGCCGGUCACGCCCUCGGAGAAGCUGUGGGUUUCGGGGGCGGAUGUCAACGACGAGGUCACUGCGGGGGCGCCUCAUCGCUGGCACGAGCUCUUCAUGGACAGAAAGAGGAAUAAGUACUGCCUGACUGCUCCUUCAUUCUUGCCGAGGACUCUGUGCGGUUUUAAGGACUUCCUCUAUCUGUAUGGCGAAAGGCCAACCUUCUUCUCAUUCGACUGCGCUCAAUAUCCGUGUGCUACACCUUGUACAAAAAACUCAACGGACGAUUGCAAUGAAGCGUCAUUGUCAGCAGAGUGCUCCAUUCAACGCCUAAACGGGGUGUAUUUGCCCCUUGACAAAACAGCCACCAGUGUCUUUUGGUGGCCUGGAUCUGCCGAUGCACUGGGCGUAGAAGGGCCGACUAUUGACGUGUACCACGCUGUAGAAUCGGUGGAAAACCAGUGGCACCACAUCAUCAUCACAGGCCAUGAAGGAGCGUCGGCAGUUCUUCAGUGUGGCAUCAGCAGCAAGAGUCUCAACCUGUCUCUCCACUGCGCUGAAGACCCAGGCGAGGACUACGACGAACACACCACCAGCAGGAUGUUCGUCGGCAGCUACCGAGGGCGUGAAAUGACCUCCUCGUAUUGGGCCCUUGGAUGUGACGUCACUCCUGCCUGGUGCCCGGACAGCACAAAGUGUAUGAUUCCAACAAAAAUAGAGAGAAAGGAAGUACAGUGGUGGAUGAAGCUGGUACUAGCUGUGGAGGUUGUCUUUCUAGCCAUUGGUCUCCUGUGGCUGGGGAACGGAAUAUACUUUCAAGUCCGCAGGAAGCGGAACCCGUCCAACAAGCAACAGCACCCAAAAGGUGAUAACGAAAAACAAGAGACCAAGUGCUUAUAGAGGGGGUGACGAAAUCUCGUUGUGUGUGCAAAGGCUGCAGCUGAAAUAGUAGUAAUAGUACUCGUGUUGAUAAUAGGAGCACCAAAACUACAAUUGGGCAUACUAGUAAUAACAGUAUGUAAAAGGUACAUGAAAUUAUUCAAAGCGAAAGUGUCGUGGUCUCCACCUCGUUCUUAAUAGUUUACACGUAUCUUAAGCCCUUGUAUUAAAGGGUAAUAGGUACUUUCAACUUCUGACCAUAUUCCUUACGUUUUCAGAUCACUAAAUGAACAAAAAUGUGAAAAUAAAACCAAGCAAAAACUCUUAA